CCUGUAACGGUAGUAUUGACAGAGUGAGUCGCAAAAGACAUUUCCAACGAGUAAGAUGGAAACUAGUGGUUUAUUCAAUCCUGCUGUUAGAGUGAAAGGCGAGCCUUGUGAUGUUUUGCUUACCCAAAAUAAUUAUGAAACCAUCGACGAAAUACCCGUAACUGAAAAUGUGAAGUACGAAAGGUUUCUUCAAGAAAACUGGACCCAAGAGUUUCAAGAAAAAAAGCUUGACGACAUUCAAAUCGAAUUGGAAUGUACAGACAUGAAGCCCAAUUUAUUGGCGGUUGCGAAAAUAGAAGAUUAUUCUCCAAGUCAAUGGCCGGAUAGCGAUGAGUAUAAAACCAGAAGCACAAUUAAACUAGAAACUGUCGGGUCAGUGAAGAAAGAAAUUUUGAGGGAAGGAGAAAAUGAUUUAAAUUUAGGACGUGGACUCAGCAAGAAAAAUGAAACAGGAAGUGUUUCAAAAGAGAUUAACUAUGAUCAUUGGCUAAAAACUCACACUGAACGAGCCCGUAAUGGCAAUAUUACACCUGCAUGUGAUAUUUGCGGAAAAGUGUUCAAACUUAGAGGUAAUCUCAAUAGGCACAUCGAUUCGGUGCAUCGUAAAAUAAGACAUGCAUGCGAUAUAUGCCAAAAUACGUUCUCAGAGAAGAAAAGUCUCAGAAUUCACAUCGAUUCGGUGCAUUAUAAAAUUAUGCAUCCAUGUGAUGUAUGCCAAAAGACAUUCUCAAACAGCAGUAAUCUCAGAAAGCACAUCGAGUCGGUGCAUAAUAGUGUCAGAUAUGAAUGCGAUAUAUGCCAAAAGACAUUCUCAGAUAAGGGUUAUCUAAAAACCCACAUCGAUUCGGUGCAUCGUAAAAUAAGACAUGCAUGCGAUAUAUGCCAAAAGACAUUCUCAGACAAGAAUAAUCUUAGAAAUCACAUCAAUUCGAUGCAUUAUAAAAUUAUGCAUCCAUGUGAUGUAUGCCAAAAGACAUUCUCAAACAGGAGUUAUCUCAGAAAUCACAUCCAUUCGGUGCAUAAUAAAGUCAGAUAUGCAUGCGAUUUAUGCGGAAAUGUUUAUAAACGAAGAAAUGUUCUUAAUAUACACAUCAAUUCGGUGCAUCAUAAAAUAAGGCAUGCAUGCGAUACAUGCCAAAAUACGUUCUCAACGAAGAAAAGUCUCAAAAAACAUAUUGAUUCCGUGCACAAUCGAGUCCGAUAUGCGUGCAACAUAUGCCAAAAGACAUUCUCAGAGAAAGGCACUCUCAAAACUCACGUCGAUUCGAUGCAUAAUGGUGUCAGUCACGCAUGCGAUAUUUGCAGAAAUGUUUUUAAACGAAGAGGCGAUCUCAAAACUCACGUCGAUUCGGUGCAUUAUAAAAUUAUGCAUCCAUGUGAUGUAUGCCAAAAGACAUUCUCAAACAGGAGUAAUCUCAGAAAGCACAUCGAGUCGGUGCAUAAUGGUGUCAGAUAUAAAUGCGAUGUUUGCGGAAAGAAUUUCACAAGCAAAAGUAAUCUCCAAACCCAUAUCGAUGCGGAACACAAUGGAAUCACCCACGCAUGUGAUUUCUGUGAAAAAAAAUUUAAAUAUCAAACUGAAAUCCCUAGACAUAAAAAAUUGUCGCACAAUGGUAUCAUACAUUCAUGCGAGACAUGCGGCAAGACAUUCGGACAGAAAAGAAAUCUCAGAGCUCACAUCGAUAUGGCGCAUCCCUCGCUCAAUAAGUCCUAACAAAUGUUUAAAUUUAUGUUCAACUGCGAAUAAAACAGCAUCUAGUACAUUGUUUGUGAAAUUAGGAGACUUAUUAGAAAAUGAUCAUUCAUUGCAACAAUUUUAUUCUUCGUUAUGUUAUUUCGCUGUCGCAUACCUAAAAAUAACUUUCAAGAUGGAAAAACAGUAAUAAUAAGCUCAAUUUGAUUCUUUAAUAAAUGUGUGAUAAAAAUGUGUAUAAAGAAAUAGGAAAACUUCAAUUCAU